AUGAAUAAUCUGCACGUCAACGUAGACGAUGCGCCUCCGCCCUACUCAGAAACCGACAUCUACUCCAACUCGGCUGCCCCUCGUUCCGCCGCCUCUACAACAUCCCACACCGGCUUCACCCCUCUCGACGAUGCCUCAUCCACAGGAGACGUCGUCUACACACCUCCCCUGACGCCUCGUACCUCGUCGAAUAGUCACCUGGAAUCACAGCAACACGCACAGCAACCCGGCGCAUCGCUAUACUUUGACUCACGACCUCCGCCAGCUAAUCCACCCGCAGAAACGCUCAUUCACACCGUCAAAGUAGAGAGUAAUUCUCUGCCGGAUGAUUUGCCCUAUCAGCACGAAUGGGCUGCGAGGGAUGUCACGCCACAGGACUGGGCUACAUUCGUCAACUUUUUGCUGCCGGAUCAUACGACUAGGGGUAAUGAGGCGGUUAUCGAGAGAAAGUUGAGGUCAGAGGGUAGGAGUGAUGCUAGUUCCACGAGCGGGAGGUCUCAGGCUGAGGCGCAGUUGGAGCAGAUGAGGGAGAAUGGGGUUGCGACGACGAGAAGUAGAUCUGAGAUUGAGGGGACUGUGCAGCAGUGGAAUGAUGGGUUCUUUGGGCCGAGGGGUAUAACUGUGAGGCUGGACCCCGAGACGAGAAUGCCGGGUGCUUGGGGAGUGGAAUUUGAGGAUGCUGAGCGGCGGAGGGAACUGCGGCAGCAGGAGAGAGAACGACAACAACAGCAGAGGGAACAGCAGCAGCAGCAGAGGGAGCAGCAGCAGCAACAGAGAGAGCAGCAAAGAGAACAGCAACAGCAGCAGAGAGAACAGCAGCAGCAGCAAAGAGAACAGCAGCAACAACAGAGGGAACAACAGCAACAGCAGAGUGAUGCUAAUGCCUCCCGUUUCGGCAAGUGGUCUAUUGAUAAGAAUGGCAUUCGGUACGGAGACUCCGUCGUUUUGGACAGCAACGGCAUAAAAAUUAGCAGUCUGGUCAUGGACAGCGACGGCAUCACCAUGGGCAAGAAGACCCAACCUUCAGGGUCGGCUGGGUGCUCGCAACGAAAUGUCCCAUGGCCUAGCGCCCCUGGACCAAGCGGACCUUCUGGCCCGUCGUGGUCAGCACCCAGCGGACCUCCUGGCCCGUCGUGGACAUUCGGCGGUGGCUCAGGAUGGGAUCGCCGCCGUGGUGGCCGUCACGACGGUCACGACCGGCAUAAUGACUGGCAUCACGGACAUCACGGUUGGCAUGGGCGCCGUGGCGGCCGACACUCAGAAGACCGUGGAAGGGCAUGGCAUCAAGACAGCAAAGACAAACACGAGCGGUCGCCGUCUGCAUCAUCCAUCUCUUCAGAAUCCUCUAGCAGCUCUGAGUCAUCUAUCGGCUCCCUGCCCGACUACGACGAUAUCAAGGACCACCAGCUGCCCGUGUAUACUGAACGUCUUCGAGAAUGGACCGCUUUGCCAGAUCAAGUUGUCACCAAGAGCGACGUAAAGGCACUAAAGGCAGAGCUGAAGGCUAUCCCUAAGGGACCUGUAGAUCCCAACUUUGAUAGAAAGGCACUCAAGGCGCAAGUCAAGGGACUUCAAGCGAGCUUGAAGGCUAUCAGGAAGUCGCAACGGCAAACUCGAAAGGCAUACCGACGGGAGCGACGUAUGAAACGCAAGGCGGAGAAGAGGGAAUAUCGAAUGAAGAGACGAGAGAUGAGACGAGCUCACAAGGAACAUAGGAGACACGGAGUUCCGUUUCAAGCACCGCCAGCACCGCCAGCGCCUCCCGUUCCUCCUGUUCCGCCUGCCCAAGCAGCUCCUCCUGCACCUCCAGCGCCGCCCGCACCGCCAGCUCCAACCGCGGCCCCUAAUCCCCCAUCAUGGAGCCAUCAUUGGCCCCGAGGCUGCACAGGUCCAUCCCAACGAAGCUCAUUCUUCUUUGGCCCCGACGGUCCUCUCGGCGAGCGUGGUCCCUUCGGCCCCCACGGCCCCCUUGGGCCUCAUGGACCAUUCGGUCCUCGCGGAUGGGGUGGCAAUUGCGGUAGUGGAAGAGGAAGAGGGCGAGGAUGCGGCCCCAACAUCCCCCCUGGACCUUGGAGUGUUCCGCACGGAGGCAGCCCACGCGACGCACCAGGUGCAUGGCCCGAAGAUGACCACGAAUCAGGCAUCUCGUCACAUAUUCCUCCACCAGGAGCCUCGUCUGCUUCCAAAUACAAGGCUAUGGAGGAGGUGGAGGCCGAGAUCAACAAAUUGGUUACGAAGGCGGCGGAUGCGAAGGAGGGAAGGGGCGCGAUGGAGAAGGAGAUUGAGGCUUUGACGGAGAAGUUGGAGGUUUUGAGGAUGGAGGCGGAUGGGGCUUAUGCGAGGGAGUUGGCCGAGUGA